AUGAGUGUUUUUUUCACUUUGUUUUAUCUAAUAACUAUUAUAUUUUCAUUAUUGACAAUUGUAAUCGUUGUACGUUAUUGUCAUUCUCAACGUUGGUCUAUUGUUAAUCUUUUAGCAUGUAGCUCUUGUGUUAGUCAUCUUGUUUAUACAAUUAGUUUUUGUAUACAAUUACCAUCAUUCAUUCAACAUACUUCACCUAAUUUAGAGAAUAAAAAUACAUUUGCUUGUAAGAUCAUUGCUUGUUUCGGAACAUUUGGUGCUACAAUUCUAUCGUAUUCCUCUAUGGUUCAAGCGAUUUCUCGUUUUUUUAUUACAGUUCUUCACAAAAAUCGAAUUCUUCUUACAUUUCGAAUCAAUUGGCUGAUGAUCAUUAUUAGUUGGAUAAUGAGUGGUGUUAUUGCUGGUGGUUUGCUUAUUUCACCAGUAGCUUAUCAAUAUGAAGAUGAAUCUCGUGUAUGUACUUUGACAAGAAAAAAUUUUCUCAUAUCGUUUCUAGCUGCCCUCAUCAUUUUUAUGUUUCCUAUGAUUACAAUAACAAUUCUUUAUGGAAUUAUUAUUUGGCAUAUGAAACAACAUAGUCAUAUUAAUCUAAAAACUUGUAGUACAUUGCGAGCAAAGAGAAAUAUGAAAGUAUUUAAAAAUAUUUUUAUUUUUACAAGUAUUCUUGGUAUCGGUGGCACACCUUAUUUAGUCUCUACGAUUGUAAAUAGAAUAGUGCCAAUUCCAUGGUCAUUAUACUCAAUUUCAUUUUUAUCCAUUGCAUGCACAUCUGCUAUUGGAUCAAUAGCAAUUUUACUUACAAAUGAACAAUCUAAAGCAAUUUUCUGUGCUAAACUUCAUUGUCGUCAAUUAAUUAUAACAAAAAAGCCAAUAAAUAAAAACUUAGUUAGAAUCAAUCAAAUUGCAGCCUAUUACAGUAAAACAGAUGGAGUUGAAAUAUUGCCGGCGAUCAAUUAA